GGUCGUAGGUGGGGGCCUGGAGCCUAUCCCAGCUGCACCUUGGCGAAAGGGUACCCCAUGAACAAGUCGCCACCUCAUCGCAGGGCCAACACAGAUAGACAACAUAGACGUUACCGCCACGUCUGGGCAGCCGUCUGAGCGGAGUCGACGGCGGCGAUUGCGCAUCUGCCUCUACUGUGGAAAUGCGGGACAUUCCAUCUCUCCUUGUCCCGCGCGCCCUGACAACCACCGCUCCCGAGUGACACGACACUCUUCCGGUGGCAUCUGCGACUGACUUGUUGGCCAGCCUCAUGCAGCUCCCAGAAUCUUUUGUUCAGAGUCAAGCAAUACCUGUAUCUGAGGUAACCAUGAGGUAGUUCACUCCCUUGAUGGAAAACAUCUGGCUGGCAUUACGUUGCAGACUUACCUCCUUUCGCUCAGCUUGUCUGACUAGAAGAACCUGGCGUAUCUGCGUGCUUCCAAGAGACUUAACCCCAGACAGGCAAGGAUUUGCAGACGGAAGCCACCCCAGUGAGAAGUGAAGAAGUAUGGAGUUUUAACGUGUUUGUUGACAUUGACAAACAUCAGCCGCAGUAAGAGGAGAUCAUCCAUUCAUCACUGAGCGCCGAGCAUCCUGACUGCCUCCAUUUAUGUGUCCGCCAUGGCUUGGAGAAGGCUUGCCUGGGGGAUCCCCUGCUGACACUUCCGAUCCAGACAUAUCCAGCUUCUCUCCUUCGGACCACGACAUCCUGGUGUGAGCUUGUUCCUCCAAGACCUCCUCACCGUCAUCAUGGCGAGUUUGGUGCUUAAUGAGACCGGGAUGGAGGACUGUGGCAUUGACGACUCCUUCAAGUACAACUUGUAUUCGGUGGUCUACAGUGUGGUCUUCGUCUUAGGUCUCAUCACCAACUGCGCUGCACUGUUUGUCUUCUGCUUCCGCAUGAAGAUGCGCAACGAAACGACAAUGUUCAUGACUAAUUUAGCGCUAUCUGAUUUAGUCUUUGUUUUUACGCUGCCGUUCAAGGUCUUCUACAAUGUGAACCGGCACUGGCCCUUUGGAGAUGGACUGUGUAAGAUAUCAGGAACAGCCUUUAUCACUAACAUCUAUGGUAGCAUGCUCUUUCUCACCUGCAUCAGCGUGGACCGCUUUUUAGCAAUAGUCUACCCUUUCCGCUCCCGCUCCAUCCGCACGCGCAGGAACGCCGCGAUGGUGUGCGCGGCUGUGUGGCUGACCAUUGUAGGAGGAGGGAUAUCCGUCACCUUCUUCUCUACCAUCAACAGCACAAACAGAGCUACAACCUGUUUUGAGGGCUUCUCUAAGAGCACCUGGAGGACCUACCUUUCAAAAAUCACCAUCUUCAUUGAGAUUGUGGGAUUCCUGCUUCCUCUUCUGGCCAACUUGGUUUGUUCCUCACUGGUCCUGAGAACGCUACGUCGUCCAGUGACAGUUGGCCAUGGCUGUGACAGCAAGCGACGUGUCCUGAGGAUGAUUCUGGUCCAUCUUGGCAUCUUCAUCAUCUGUUUUGUCCCGUAUAACUCCAACCUCUUCCUCUAUGCCCUGGUGAGAACUCAGGCAUUGGUUAACUGCUCUGUAGAGCGCUUUGCCCGAACUCUGUAUCCCAUCACUUUGUGUCUGGCUAGCCUUAACUGCUGCUUAGACCCUGUGGUCUACUACUUUACCUCGGAGAGCUUCCAAAAAAGUCUGUCCCUGGGAAGCAAAGGGUCCGGUUCCCGACCUGAGAGUAUUCCCCGCAGCGACACUGAGACCCAGGACCCGGCAAACACACUCCCAAGAGACACGCACACUUUGGCCAGGAAUGGAAAAGACAUUAAAGUAUCAGAAAGUCAAUUUUGAUGAGAGGAAGAAGAAGAGUGCAACAAGGACAAAUGGGUUUAAGAGACCUUGGAUUUGAAAAAUUGUUUGUCCUGGAAAUGACAAAUGCAUAACUGAGCAGAUUAGCUAAAUCCUGGUGUAAAUCCUGAAGUGUGGUCUGGGCUUUACCAAUUAAUCCACCUCUUGGAAACAAAGGAAUGUAUCUGUUUGUUAUUAACAAUCUGUAACCUGACACAAACAGACACAAGGAACUUCUUCGAAUAACUCAGGCACAACACUCAUGCACUGGAUGUUUAACUACUGUAUAUUAAACGUUUAUAACUUA